AGAAGCAUCUGCACCGAGAGAGGGGUACACCUACUGUGUAAUAGGCAGCAUGAAGGCUACCCUAGUAUGCCAUUUAUCUCUCUUCACCUUUAUAACUCGAUUUGAUUCUUGGUUGCACCUUCAACGUCCGUUCCUUUCAUAAAGAGCCACGAGUCUUCGGGCCCCCCUCAGAAAUCAUGAACCUCGUCUUCAGGCACAUCCACAGGUAGAGGCCAGCGUGAUCUCAAUCAUAACACAGUACGUUCGGCCUCAAGCCUUGACACUCUUCGACCUCCGUCGGUGAGCGCCCGCAUGGUUCCAAUCAGAAGGUUUCUACGCUGUACGACAGGAAUGCGACCACUCCUGAACGGAUCGCAUAACCCACUCGACUUCGGGUUUCCGAUGCAGUCAUGCCAGUCCCGCCGACAACCACAUAUUCGUCGGUCGGAUAUCUGACAUGCGCGUCUUGGCCACACGGGUGGCUCCCUCCCGAAACUCGGUUCCAUUUCCGCAUCGACAACCUGAAACCACAUACGCUUUGGACGCGCGGUUCAAGCCCUCCUGCGGCUCGCCUCUGCUACAACUCUUCUAACGAGCGCCGUUUGAUACUGGUUUUGUUCGUCCGGCCAACCUCCUCUCAGCACGCAUCGACGACCCUGUUGUGCUGUUUCACAGUUCUCGUCGUGCUCAUUUGUCGGAUCUCUAUAAACCAUUCGCAGAUGGUGCUCAUUCUCCCACCCUAUUCGUACAAUUGCCUACCAGGGCACGGCGCGGAUCCCGGCUGUCCUGUCAACCACCGUUUGACAUUUUGUGGGACCUCCUCUCGUCGUCAUCCUGAACUCUUGGCCUGCUCAGAGACCGCGAACGCCCACCAUAGCAACGGGCCCGUCAAACCCCUCCGAGUAGUGCAAACAAAGUCGGUGCGAAUUCUGUGCAGAUGGCCAAAGCUACAUGUGUGCUAUAUAGCUAGAAACCCUCAGGUCGACUUCAGCCUGUUCUUCACUUCACAAAACAGUUUGUUUCGCUCUUAUCCAUUCUUUUCGGUGCUGUGCGCUGCUUUUAUCCGCCUAUUCUAAUAAUUCUACAUCACUACACGCUCAUUUAGCCAAUUUUCUGUUCUCAUAAUGAAGACCGUCUAUCCUCUUCUUACUAUCCUUUGUUCGACCUUUGUAGCAUCAGGCCCGGUGCCUAUACGCGAAUAUGCUAUCCCUAAUGACAGACUCUCUGUACGGACCGAGCACUUGGUGGAGCCACCUCCGGCGCCAAUUCCACACACUCCGGUGAAUACUGCUCCCACCCCGUCUCCAACGCACGUGGCUCCUCCGGCACACGUAGCUCCUCUGGCAC